AUGGUGCUUGAUGACUGGCACAAGUUCUACCAUCAAGCACUUACCCACUUGAAACCAGAUGGAUAUUUCGAGCAUAUCGACUUUGAUCUUGAAACACGAUCGGAAAAUCCAAAGUUCAGGGAUGACCCAGAACACAUUUUCAAGAAGUGGGCUUCGUUGUUUUUUGAAGCUGGCGACAAAGUCGGGCGUACGUUUAGAUGGCCUGUUGAUGGCCGGCACGUCCAGGAAAUGAGAAAGACAGGAUUUGUUGAUGUCGUCCACAAACAGUGGAAGGUCCCAAUUGGCGGUUCGCCACGCGAUCAGAUGUUGAAGAAGAUUGGGCUUUAUAACGCGCAUUACAUCGAUCAAUCUCUCGAAGGCUACGCGGUUUAUCCAAUCGGAAAAAUUCUAGGCUGGAGCUUCGACGAGGUUACAGUGCUUGUUGGUAAGAUGCGGGACGCUAUCAGCAACCCAAAGUCUUUGCCAUACUUGGUUGUGUAUGUUAUUUUCCCAAAAUACCUCUGGUCCCUUUGA